AUGUUGAAUCAAAAUAAUUUGUAGUGUAGUCAAAAGAAUAUUGGGAAUAGUUAAAGUUUAUAAUUGUAAAAGUUUUAGGAACAUGGACUAUAUUAAUUUAUUUUGAGCAGAAAUAGAGUUAAGGAGAAAAUAGUAAAAUAAUAAAAAUAAAUCACACCUAUAAGAUAGAAACGUCCUUCAACUGCUUAAGCAGAUUCUUAGGGUAAGUAGAAAUUGUAGAUGAGUUUCGGAAUAUAAUUGGAAAGUUUUAGCACUAUUUAACCUAAACAUUAAAUAUUGGAGGAGCAUAAUAAAAAUAACUCCUAACACUAAGCAUAAUUUACUCCGAAUUAGAAACUUUAUGUAAAUGAUUAAAAGAUAUUGAGAGCCAUGUCUACAUUGAGGAAAAUAAAAAAUCAAAGGGCUUUUCGACCUUGUCCAUUCACUUUAGGUUUUAAUAUAGAGUAAUGCUCAAUAAAACCUAAAACAAUCAAAUAAAGAUCAAUUAGUCAAUUACAAUAAAUAAAAAGUUUAAAUAAAACAGAUAUCAUAAAAUAUAAAAGAUUUGAAUCUCCUUAAAGUAUUAUAAAAUCAAAUUUGUAAGGGUAACUUACAAAAUGGGAUUAAUAUGAUGAUAGCAAUUUAUUUGAUCUAAAUUUCUUGAACAAUAAUCUCUUCAAGUACGAACUUUGA